UCUUCGUCAUAGGUCCUGGACAUCAAGAUCAAAUCAACGCUUUCGUCUUCAGCUUCUCCAACGAAUUCCAACCUUUCAAUAUGUUGGCUUUGAGAACUUUUGCCCGUAAUACGUCUAGGUUUUCAAAAUGGUCACAGUUCCGGAGUGUGUCGACAUUAGAAGGCCAUCCUCACAUUUAUGUUUUCCCAUCUAAUGGAAACAAUGUCCUGUCAUUACUGCCGUCAGAGCCACCAAACCCCAGAUUGUCUAUCGGUGUCACGUCCAAACUGCCUCCUACGACAGACUCCUUCAGGGAGAACCCAGAAUUCCUGAAAAUCCUACAGGACGUGGUCGCCGAGUAUGGCCACCAGGACCCUGAGGCUAUCUCCCAAGCCCAGGUGAUGGUGUCUACAUCUGGCGCUAACCUCAGCUCCGGCGGUGUCCUGCUGACGGGUGGGCGUGCCAAAAGACGACGCGAUGCGGCAGAUUCCAGCGGUGGAGCGAGCGGCCAAGGUGGUGCUGGAUCCGCUGGCCGGGGAGGUUGGAUACAUCUUUCCGAUAACCGCCGGCCACCUGAAUAUGGUCGUAUUGCAUGGCCCGAGGAUAUCUUUGGGAGCCUUGAGGUCGAUGGUGAGGGUAGCUUUGUGGGAAGCAACGGAAAUUAUCAGCCAAGCGGCACUUAUCGGAUUGUGACCCGGGACGGAAUUCUUGGUUUGAGUCCAUUCUUAAGAGAAAAACUAGUUCAAAGGCUCCGCCAGCAGGAAAACCAUUAGCAGUUGCAUUGAGGGUUUUGUACAUUAUUCGGCUGUAUUAUAUGUGACUUGAUCAUAAUUUCCGUUAAACUGCUGGCCAGUUUGGCUUCAAUCGCA